CCCUAUUGUUCUCCCUCUCUCUCUCUCUCCCAAAACAAUUGCUGCUGGGGCCUGGAAAUGGAGUGAAUCUAUUAGACACUCGCAGGAGUUCUCCCUUUCCACCUCCACCUCACAUAUAUACAUCAAUGUGCCCCUGUCAAUAUUACUCUUGAAUCCAACAGCGUAACUAAACUAAAUUCUCUCCAAAACCACCCACCUUUUAGUCUUCUUCUUUUUCUUUCGACCCUAAGUUUGUUGACAGCCUAUCACAUACUUGUAAAAUCUCUCUCAUGGCCAACCCACACACUCUCCUGCUGUUUGCGCUACUGCUUUUUCUCGUUGCAUGUCCAUCGCAUCAGCAACAAAAACAGCAGAAAAUGAACACCAUUGAUCUUACAGCACUCGCAGCCAUAAAGGACAGCCUCACAGGCAUUCCAGGCUCAAAUUUUUUUUCCACCUGGGACUUUGCAUCCCAAGAUCCCUGCUCCACCUUCUCUGGUAUCACUUGUUCUCUCAACCGAGUUACUUCUCUCACUCUCGGCACCGGCCUCUCUGACUCACCGGGACUUGCUGGCUCACUCUCCCCUUCCCUUUCCAACCUUACUGAGUUAACCCAACUAGUCCUUUACCCGGGCCUCGUUACUGGCCCCAUCCCUCCCCAACUGGGUGGACUCAGGAGCCUGCGGGUCAUCUCAUUAACGAACAACCGCUUAACCGGUCCGAUACCUAGCUCACUAUCAUCGCUUCCCAAUUUGCACACGCUCGAUCUAAGUUACAACCAACUCACGGGGUCAAUACCACCUGGUCUUUUCACAGGUUUGAGCGAGUUGAAAGUGGUUAUCAUGGCCUGGAAUUCCUUGUCCGGAGAGUUACCGAGAAGGAUGUCAACUCCAUUGCUGCAUUUGGAUUUGAAAAGCAAUAGGUUAGGAGGGAUAUUGCCGUUGGAGAUGCCCUCGUCGCUCCAUUAUCUGUCGGUGUCAAGAAACAAUAUGUGGGGCCCACUCAACGGCCUAGGGUCGCUCUCAGAAUUAGUGUACCUCGACCUAAGCAUGAACCAAUUCAAUGGGCCCAUCCCUUCCUCCGUGUUCCGCCCCUCACUCGCUUCACUGUUGCUGCAACGGAACAAUUUAUCCGGUGGGGUCCCAUCUCGCCUUGUGGACCCAUCGUCAUCUUACGGUGAAGGAUCCAUCGUGGACUUGAGCCACAACUUACUGAGCGGAGAAUUGUCUCCCGUUCUGGCUGGGGUGGAGAGUUUAUUCUUGAAUAACAACUAUUGGGUGGGGAGAGUGCCCAUGGAAUACGUGGACAGCUUCUAUCGUGGCAGGACCAAAACAUUGUACUUGCAACAUAAUUAUAUAUCAGAGUUUCCGUUGGAACCUGGGUUGGCAUUACCUGAUACGGCGUCGUUGUGCUUGUCUUACAAUUGCAUGGUUCCGCCAGUACGGCUCACGGCAUGCCCCGCUAGUGCCGGCGUGCAGCUCCCCAGGCCAGAGGCGCAGUGCGUGGCAUUCAACCAUAUGCAUUAAUCGUUAAUUAUAAUUGUAACGAAGAAUGAAUGAAUGUUAUAAAUAUGCAUCGCGCUGAUUUUAAUUAUUUGCCAUAGAGAAGGACAAGUUCAUUGGCUCUAGGAAUUUUCUGCGACCCAUAGAUUAGUUUUUGUUUUUUUAAAUAAUUUUUCUUUCUUUCAAAUUAGAUAUUUUAUAUGCUAUGUAUAAAAAGGGAUGAAUUUACAAGUGAAUGUAUAUAAUAAGUCAAUUAAGUUUAA